AUGAACAGGAACAUGUGCUCAGGCCUGCUGCCAAACAGAACAAUGGAAAGGGUGGAAGAUAUCAAGAGUAGCAGGCAAUCAGUUGAGGACAUGUUAUAUCAUAUUCUUUUGCUGUUGGUGGUUUUGGUGUCAGUGGAGCAUGAGUCCUUUGCAGCACCAGUAAAUGAGGAGUUGGAGAAACUGAGGAAUAGAUACGGUUAUGUUGCAAGGAGCUGUAAAGAGAUGAAGGACAGAUAUCAUGAACAUGAAGAUGGGUUGUACUUCCUGACCACUGCUAAUGGCAUGGUCUAUCAGACUUUCUGUGAUAUGACCACUGCGGGAGGUGGCUGGACUCUAGUGGCAAGUGUCCAUGAGAACAGCGUUUAUGGAAAAUGCACGGUGGGCGACCGCUGGUCCAGCCAGCAGGGUAACAAUGCUAACAUACCAGAUGGGGACGGGAACUGGUCCAAUAGAAACACCUUUGGAACAGCAGAGAGCGCCACUUCAGAUGAUUUUAAGAAUCCAGGUUACUAUGAUAUAGUAGCAGAAGACAUGUCUGUGUGGCACGUUCCCAACACCUUCCCACUGGAGCACUGGAACCUGGCAGCCAUCCUCCGCUAUCACACUAACAACCGCUUCCUCCGUCUGUACGGGGGGAACCUCUUUAAGCUCUUCAAGCGAUAUCCAGUGAGAUACAACGUUGGCUCGUGCAGCAACAGAGGGCCAGCUAUUCCCAUUGUGUAUGAUCAUGGAGACAGAGAGUCCACCAGAAACCUAUAUGGAGCAAAUUCAAGAAGGGAGUUUGAACCAGGUUUCAUCACCUUCAGAGCAAUAAAUAAUGAACGUGCAGCCAUGGCUAUCUGCUCCGGAGUUAAACCAACUGGAUGCCACACUGAACAUUACUGCAUAGGAGGAGGUGGAUACUUCGCUGAAGGAAACCCUAGACAGUGUGGAGACUUCCCAUCAUUUGACUGGGACGGAGUGGGACAGUCACAAGGUUGGAGUGCUUCCAAAGAGAUGACUGAAGCGGCUGUUUUACUGUUCUACCGCUGA